GACGGCGGCAGCGGGGCGGGCUUUACGCGCAGAGGGGAGGGGUAGGCGGGCGGCGCCGGCGGCUUCAGCUGCGGCAGCGAAGGCUAAGGCGACUGAAGAAGAAUCCCCACCGGCCGGCGGUCGAGUUAGGCCUCAGCAGCGUCCGGAGCCGCUCGCGCUGCCCUCCACAAGAGAUCUCCAUAGAGACCGUGACAUACACAGAGGCGGGGGUCUGCGGGAGGCUGCCGGACCGGAGCCAGCUCCUCGGUCUCUGCCGCCGCCACCCCCUCCCCCUCUGCCAGCGCGCACCCUAGCUCCGCUCCUCUUCGCAACCCCGCAGUCCCUGGUGUGCUUGUGCCCCACCGUGUGGGCAUUGCGGGCGGACAUUUGGGCCGGGGCGGGUGGGGAGGGGCUCUAAGGCCGCCGCCGCUGCCUCUCCCGCCCCCCUUACCCGCCCCGGAGCGGGAAGCGGCGGAGUCUCCGCCAUGGCCUCCGGAGCCGGAGGAAUAGGGGGCGGCGGCAAGAUCCGGACGCGGCGUUGCCACCAGGGGCCAAUUAAGCCUUACACGCAGGGGCGACAGCAGCACCAGCAGGGCCUUCUUAGCAGGGUUACAGAAUCUGUUAAGAAUAUUGUGCCACGAUGGCUACAGAGAUAUUUCAAAAAGAAUGAAGAUGUAUGCAGCUGCUCAACAGACACACAGGAGGUACUGCAUUGGCAGGAAAACAGAGAAGAUGACCAUCUCGUGUAUGCCAAUGAGGAGAGCUCUAAUAUUAAUGAUGGGAGGAUCACUCCUGAGCCAACAGUCAGUAAUACAGAAGAACCCUCAACAACUAGCACUGCUUCAAAUUAUGCAGAUAUAUUAACAAGGCCUUCUCUUCAUCGGAGCCAUCUGAAUUUCUCCAUGUUGGAAUCCCCUACAUUGCACUGUCAGCCGUCCACAUCCUCUGCAUUCCCAAUUGGCAGUUCUGGGUAUUCCCUUGUAAAGGAAAUUAAAGAUUCUACCUCUCAGCAUGAUGAUGAUAACAUCUCAACCACCAGUGGUUUUUCUUCAAGAGCUUCUGAUAAAGAUAUAGCUGUUUCAAAGAAUACUUCAUUGCCACUUCUGUGGUCCCCAGAGGCUGAGCGUUCUCAUUCACUCUCACAGCACACUGCCACCAGCUCAAAAAAACCAGCAUUCAACUUGUCUGCCUUUGGAACACUUUCCCCUUCACUUGGGAAUUCUUCGAUCUUUAAAACAAGUCAGCUUGGAGAUUCUCCUUUUUAUCCUGGAAAAACAACAUAUGGUGGGGCAGCAGCUGCUGUAAGACAGUCUAAACUACAAAGUACACCUUUUCAGGCACCAGUCAGAAGACAGAUGAAAGCUAAGCAACUCAGUGCACAAUCUUAUGGUGUGACUAGUUCAACAGCUCGGCGAAUAUUACAAUCUUUAGAGAAGAUGUCAAGCCCUCUAGCGGAUGCAAAAAGAAUUCCUUCUGUUGUUUCUUCUCCCCUGCAUUCUCCUCUUGAUAGGAGUGGGAUAGAUACCAUAGAUUUUCGGGCCAAAAGAGAUAAGGUGGACUCUCAGUAUCCCCCUGUUCAGAAACUCAUGAUCCCAAAGCCAGUUUCCAUAGCAACAAAUCGAACUGUUUAUUUUAAACCAUCUCUGACCCCAUCUCAUGAAUUGAGGAAGACUAAUCAAAGAAUAGUUAAAAAGCACAGUACUCGAUAUGAAAACAAUGUGACACCAGGACAAAAUAGAGAACAAGAAAGUGGCUUUCCAUAUCCAAAUUUCAGUCUGCCUGCAGCCAAUGGAUUGUUUUCUGGAGUAGGUAGUGGAGGUGGCAAAAUCAGACGAGAGAGAACACGCUUCGUUGCAUCUAAACCACCAGUGGAGGAGGAAAUGGAAAUACCAGUAUUACCAAAAAUCUCUCUACCAAUCACCAGUUCUUCACUGCCUGCCUUCAGUUUUAGUUCCUCUGUGAUCACAACUUCCUCUCCAUCACUCAUCAGUCCUUCACAGUCAUUAACAAAUAAGAUACAAAUGACCUCUCCGAGCAUCACUGGCAGUCCCAUGUUUAGAUUUUCAUCUCCCAUUGUAAAAUCUACUGAGGCAGAUGUACUACCUCCAUCAUCUAUUGGAUUUACAUUUAGUGUGCCUGUUGCAAAAAUAGCAGAACUGUCCAACACCAAUAGUACUUCAGAACCAAUUAUGCAUACUUCAGCUCAAGAUAUCGCUGCAGUGAAUAGUACAAGCUGUAAGAAGAAGCUAGAUGAAGAUUAUGAGGGCCCUUCUAGACCUGCAAAAGCUCUGAAAGAAGGAAGUGUCCUAGACGUUCUGAAAAACCCUGGUUUCAUGUCACCAAAGGUAGAUGCUUUUGCUGCUCAGCCUACCACUACAAGUCCGGUAGUUUAUACAAGACCAGCUAUAAGUAGCUUUUCCUCUAGUGUAAUCGGACUUGGGGAAAGUUUAAAAGCUGGAUCAUCAUGGCAGUGUGAUACAUGUCUACUACAGAACAAAGUUACAGAUGAUAAAUGCAUAGCCUGUCAAGCUGCAAAGUUGCCAACAAGAGAUACUGCUAAACAGACUGGAAUUGGAACACCAAGUAAAAGUGGCAAACCAACCGUUUCUUCAUCAGGGACAGGCUUUGGAGACAAAUUUAAAGCAGCAGUAGGAACUUGGGAUUGUGAUACCUGUUUAGUACAAAAUAAACCUGAAGCGAUAAAAUGUAUAGCUUGUGAAACACCCAAACCUGGAACUGGUGUCAAACGGGUCCUUACAUUGCCAGUGGUUCCAGAAAGUGCUGUAACUAUGACUGCUUCAUCUUCUAGCUGCACUGUGACCACUGGUACCUUAGGAUUUGGAGAGGAGUUCAAAAGGCCAAUAGGAUCUUGGGAGUGUCCAAUAUGCUGUGUUUCUAAUAACGCAGAAGACAAUAAAUGUGUGUCCUGUAUGUCUGAGAAACCAGAGAGUUCAGUACCUGCUACAAGUAGCAGCACUGUAUCUAUGUCUCUGUCUUCUGAAAACCAUCUAGGAUUGGGCAAGUUUAAGAAACCUGAGGGAAGCUGGGACUGCGAAGUAUGCCUAGUACAGAAUGAAGCAGAUUCUACCAAAUGUGUAGCCUGUGAAAGUGCAAAACCAGGCACAAAAUCUGAGUUUAAAGGCUUUGGCACAUCUUCCUCAUCUUCAAACCCAGCAGCCUCAUCUUUCCAAUUUGGAAUCCCAUCAUCAUCUUCUGGGCCUUCUCAGACUUUAACAAAUACUGGAAACUUUAAAUUUGGAGAUCAGGGAGGCUUCAAAAUCGGUGUGUCAUCAGAUUCUGGGUCCAUAAAUGCUAUGAAUGGAGGCUUUAAAUUUUCUAAACCAGUAGGAGAUUUUAAAUUUGGAGUUUCAUCUGAUUCUAAAUCUGAAGAAAUGAAAAAAGAAAGUAAGAAUGAUAAUACCUUUAAGUUUGGACUUUCUUCUAGCUUAAGCAAUCCAACUCCUGUAACUCCAUUUCAGUUUGGGAUGUCUAAUCUUGGGCAGCAGGAAAAGAAAGAGGAACACCCUAAACCUUCGUCUGCAGGUGUUGGCUUUGGCACAGGUGUUAUUAACCCUGAUCUAGCUGCUGCUAACACUGUAGUGACCUCUGAGAACAAGAGCAGCUUCAGCUUUGGAACCAUAGAAACCAAAAGUGUUUCAGUGGCUCCUUUCACGUGUAAGACAUCAGAAGCAAAAAAAGAGGAAAUGUCUGUAGCCAAAGGAGGGUUUGCUUUUGGCAAUGUGGGAUCUGCCUCUCUGCCAUCUGCCUCAUUGUUUGCUCUGGGAAGGACAGAGGUGAAACAGCAAGAGCCGGUCACUUCUACUUCUCUAGUGUUUGGGAAGAAAACUGAUAAUGACGAGCCAAAGUGUCAGCCAGUGUUUUCCUUUGGGAAUUCAGAGCAAACCAAAGAUGAGAGUUCCUCAAAGUCGACAUUUAGUUUCAAUGUGACAAAACCAUCUGAGAAGGAAUCUGAACAGUCAACAAAGGCCACUUUUGCUUUUGGAGUGCAAACCAAUACUACAGCUGAUCAAGGAGCAGCAAAGCCUGUUUUCAAUUUUUUGAACAGCAGUUCCUCUAGUUCAAGUACACCAGCCACUUCAGCAGUUAGUGGCAUAUUUGGUAAUUCCACCUCUUCCUCCAAUCCACCUGUGGCCACUUUUGUGUUCGGACAGGCCAGCAAUCCUGUGAGCAGUAAUGCCUUUGGUAACUCUGCUGGAUCCAGCACAUCUCAGUCUUUGCUAUUUUCUCAAGGUAGCAAGCCAGCAACCACAUCUAGCACUGGUACAGUUGUCACCCCGUUUGUCUUUGGUCCAGGAGCCAGCAGUAAUAAUACUUCAACCUCUGGUUUCAACUUUGGAGCUACAACCACAUCUAGCUCUACAGGAUCCUCCUUUGUAUUUGGCACUGGACCUUCAGCACCAUCUGCCAGUCCAGCAUUUGGUGCUAACCAGACCCCAACAUUUGGACAAAGUCAAGGUGCCAGCCAGCCUAAUCCCCCAGGCUUUGGAUCUCUGUCAUCUUCAACAGCAUUAUUCCCAACUGGUUCUCAGCCUGUACCACCACCUACUUUUGGCACAGUGUCAAGCAGUAACCAGCCUCCUGUGUUUGGACAGCAGCCUAGUCAGUCUGCAUUUGGUUCUGGAACAACUCCUAAUUCCAGUUCAGUUUUCCAGUUUGGCAGCAACACUACAAAUUUCAACUUCACAAACAAUAAUCCAUCAGGAGUGUUCACAUUUGGUGCAAAUCCUGGCACACCUGCAGCCUCAGCCCAGCCUUCAGGCUCAGGAGGAUUUCCAUUUAACCAGUCGCCAGCAGCAUUUACAGUGGGGUCAAAUGGGAAAAGUAUGUUUUCUUCUGGAACUUCAGUUUCUGGUCGCAAGAUAAAAACUGCUGUUAGACGCAGGAAAUAAAGGUCACUUUGCACAUUGGUGUUAUACACAAUAGUUUUUAUUAACAACAGCUGGUGCCGUGCUUUCAGAUACUGGAUUGUACUGCGUGCUGGGGUUAUCUUAAGUCAGAUCUGCCUAAGGACAUCUUUAAUUUUGGGAUUUUCUUCUUUGCUCUUUCUUUAUAGAAAUCCCCCAACCCCACCUCAACCUCUUAAAAAAAAAAAUAGCUAGAAGGAUGACUGAAUCUUCAGCAAAAGUAUUUUAUGAAACAGCAAAUCAUUCACUGAUUUGGCCUGGUUUGGCUGUCCCCGGAAUAGAGCCCACAUCCGAAUGGCUGUGUAUAGAACCUCUUCGUCUGCACCACUAAUGCGCGUUGAUAGACGUUUAUGGGACGCUUUGAAAUUGUAAUUAUAUUUGAGGAAUUCUGUAUAGAUUAGAGGAUGUUGAAAUGAAUGAUUUCUAUGCUGAGUUUGUGCUGGUGUAUGUGUGAAGUGAGUGAGUUGGGUGUAUUGUGCACUAAAAUUUUCUGAUAGAGGAAGCCUGAUUAAAGACUGGUCCAUGCUAAGGACUUGUUAGAUCUAUCUAGUUCUCCAUUUAAUAAUUAUAGGCUAUUUCUAUAUUUUCAUUCUUGGAUGACUAUCACCUGUCUUGCCUUUUUCAUUAUUUUAUUAUGAAACUUGUGUAAAUACAAUUUUGUUUCUGUACUUUUUGGCAUAACAUAAAUCUGUGAACUUGAAAUUUUAA